AUGAAUUCUAGAGAAUAUUGGAACCAAACUGUUGCUGGUUAUGGGUUAAAUUUCAUAUCCUUUAUGGAAUUUGUUCAAAAGAAAAAAGUGGGUAAAGGUGACUUUGGCACCAUUUACUUGACAACCUGGACUUCGACUUCAGAACGGGUGGCAUUAAAGCGAAUAUCAGUUAACGAAGAAAACGAAGAAGCUAUUAAAAUUUUUCUUAAAGAGUUAAGCAUACAUAACAGUUCAAAGCAUGACCGAAUCAUUAAACUUUUGGGAAUAAGCCGAGAUACGAAUGAUUCUUCGGAUUGUUAUCUCAUAAUGGAAUUUGCGGAUGGAGGAGAUUUGAGAAGUUAUUUAUCAAUGAAAAAAGACAUCCUUGAAUGGGAAGAAAAAAUAAGACUUUCGACUCAAAUAGCUGAAGGUGUAUCAUAUCUUCAUAACGAACUCAAUGUUAUACAUAGAGAUUUGCACACUAAAAAUAUUCUAAUACGCAAUAGCAAUAUUAAAAUAUCAGACUUUGGACUGUCCAAAUGUCUUGGUAGUACAACGACGAUUAACAGCAAAGUGCAAGGAAUCUUGCCAUUUAUUGACCCAUAA